AUCGUUGUUUGCUCAAAACCAUAGCCUCACUUUAAACAGAACUUGCAGCUACUCGCCAGUCUCCAGCCAUGGCGGGGAAGCAGUUCCCCUCACUCGCGCACACGCGCCCCGCCUCCUCCCGCUGCCUCUUCGCCGUGGGCGCGCUCCUCCUAUUCUCCGCCGUUUACUUCCUUCUUCUUUCCCCCGCCAAGCCGGGCCCCAUCGGUAGCCCAAUCUCUAACCCUAGCAUCACCACUUCCUUCGUCGCCUCCCUCGAUCAAUUUCUCGACUCCCCGUAUUACCCCGCCGUCUCCUCGCCGGCCCCGUCGGACCUCGACGCCGCGAUCCGGAAGGAGGAAGAGACGCGGCUGUACGGGGACCCUGGGGGCUUAUGGCCGGCGGCUCAUGCGCCGCUCAGGGUCUACGUGUACGAGAUGCCGCGCAAGUUCACGUACGAUCUGCUCAGGCUGUUCAGAGACUCGUAUCGCGAUACGACGAACCUCACCUCCAACGGGAGCCCCGUUCACCGUCUCAUCGAGCAGCAUUCUAUUGACUACUGGCUCUGGGCUGAUCUCAUUGCUCCUGAAUCACAAAGACUUUUGAAGAAUGUUAUCAGGGUUCAGCAGCAAGAAGAGGCAGACAUUUUCUACGUUCCAUUCUUCACAACAAUCAGUUACUUCUUGCUGGAGAAACAAAAAUGCAAGGCACUUUAUAGGGAAGCUUUGAAAUGGGUGACUGAUCAACCUGCUUGGCAACGUUCAGAAGGAAGAGACCAUAUUAUUCCUGUUCAUCACCCGUGGUCUUUUAAGUCAGUUCGGAGAUUUGUGAAGAAAGCAAUAUGGCUCUUACCUGAUAUGGAUUCUACUGGGAACUGGUAUAAACCUGGGCAAGUGUAUCUGGAGAAGGAUGUUAUCCUUCCGUAUGUCCCAAAUGUUGAUCUUUGUGAUUAUAAGUGUGCUUCAGAAACUCAAUCUAAAAGAAGUAUGUUGCUGUUUUUUCGAGGAAGACUGAAAAGAAAUGCUGGUGGAAAGGUUCGCAGUAAGCUUGUGACAGAAUUAAAAGAUGCAGAAGAUGUAGUCAUAGAAGAAGGGACUGCUGGAGCUGAGGGAAAAGUGGCAGCUCAGAAUGGCAUGCGCAAGUCUCUCUUUUGCUUGAAUCCAGCUGGGGAUACUCCAUCUUCUGCUCGAUUGUUUGAUGCAAUUGUUAGUGGAUGUAUCCCAGUUAUAAUAAGCGAUGAGCUAGAGCUUCCUUUUGAAGGAAUACUUGACUACAGGAAGAUAGCAUUGUUUGUUUCAUCAAGUGAUGCUUUGCAACCUGGCUGGCUAGUGAAAUACCUAAGGGGCAUCGAUGCCAAAAGGGUCAGAGAAAUGCAAUCUAAUCUUGUCAAGUACUCGAGACAUUUUAUCUAUUCAAAGCCUGCUCAGCCCCUUGGACCAGAAGACCUUACAUGGAGGAUGGUUGCUGGUAAGCUGGUAAACAUCAAGUUGCAUAUUCAGCGAUCGCGGCGCGUGGUCAGAGAAUCAAGGAGCUUAUGUACAUGCGAGUGUAGAGUUGGAAACACUACGAUGAUGCUUUGAAGUCUGAACCAACUUUUCUUCUGUAUCCAGUGCCCAGAGUUGGUAUCCAUUACCCCCUAGGCCCUCUUUGUGUAGUUGGUGUAGCUGAUGCUAGAGUUUAAGGACUAAGAUAUACAGUGUAUCACCGAGGGCCUGAGGACUUCACAUGGUUGCACUAAACUGCAAUUUCCAAGGAUCUGUGACAUUCGAAAGCAAUUAUUUGGAAAUGUUUCCUGAUUUUUUUUUGA